UUAUUUUUUAACAUUUUUUACAUUUCAGAAUAUCAAUGCUUUCUUCACAAGAAAUCAGCUGAUGUUAGAUUAGAGGUGUACACUGUACAUUAGAGCACUAGAUGAAGUACACUGCGACCUUUAGUUCAAAAUGUCAUCAAUAGCCGGGCUACAUAAAACCUCGGAAAUUUUACCACAGAUUCCGCCACCGCCUGGGCCGGAGAUACUACCUCAGCUACCGCCUAAACCAGGACCUCCGCCCGGAGCGGAUAAUAUGUCUCCGCCGUCUCCUAAACCCACGGACACAGAGCUUUAUAGGAGUUUAUUCGAGCAGUUAGAUGUUAAGAAAGAUGGUAAAAUUGAUGCUGAAGAGUUAACUACUGGACUGUUCAGUAUGGGGUAUACACAUCUCUCACAGGAUCAGAUAGAUUUGUUCCUCAAGAAAUCUGAUUUGAAUAGCAGUGGUAAUUUGACAAUCGAAGAGUUUGUUCAGCAUCUAGAAAUGCAUGAAAAACAAUUAAUGUCUAUGUUUAAAACGCUGGACACGAACAAGGACGGGAGAUUGUCUGGCUCAGAAAUCCAAAUCGCUUUCAGGAAAAUGGGAAUUCAGAUCAGUGAGGAAGAAGCUACCGAGCUUGUCGCUCGAAUUGACGAUGAUGGUUCCCUGGACAUAUCCUUCGAGGAGUGGCGGGACUACCUCAUGUUCCACCCUAGCUCCGACAUUAAGGAGGUUGUCGAGUACUGGAUGGACGACGUAUACGAGGAAGACACGGAGGAAAACCUAGUCCCAGAUUUGCCGAGUUUUGUCCUUUCCAAAGUGAUGAGUGGUUCAGCUGGUUUGUCUGAUCGGUUAAUCGGAGGUAUCUGGUGGCGGCAUCUAGUAUCUGGUGCAAUAGCUGGCGCUGUAUCAAGAACAUUCACUGCUCCUCUAGACAGGUUAAAGGUGAUGCUACAGGUUCACGGAGCUAGAAAAUCCUUAAAUAUAAUAGAUACAGUGAAGUACAUGCUGAAGGAGGGAGGAGUUAUGGGUCUGUGGAGGGGAAACCUACUAAACGUUAUCAAAAUUGCGCCAGAAUCUGCGCUCAAGUUUGGCUCAUAUGAGGAAAUAAAAAAGUGGAUAAAAGGGUCUGACAAUCGUGAGUUAACGAUCUACGAACGAUUAUGGGCCGGAAGUCUGGCAGGCGCCACGGCGCAGACUGUGAUAUAUCCUCUAGAAGUGAUGAAAACGCGAAUGCUCCUCCGACGUACGGGAGAGUAUUCAGGAAUGUGGGAUUGUGCGUAUAAGAUUUAUAAAUCCGGGGGGUUGUAUCGAGGAUACUGGCCGAAUCUCUUCGGAAUAAUACCCUACGCAGGCAUUGAUUUGGCUGUUUAUGAAACCGUUAAAAAAACCUGGCUUGAAAGAACUUAUGACCCAAGUGAACCUAAGAAGCAGCCAGGUAGUGUCGUGUUACUGCUCUGCGGCACGUUUAGCAGCUGCUGCGGUCAGCUGGCAGCUUACCCAUGUGCGCUUAUUAGGACCAAACUACAAUCGCAGGCCGGAACCAAUUUAAAUCUACCGUACGAGCAAACUCAUGCUAUUGGUCUCUUUAGGCAUAUAGUUCGAACUGAAGGUAUAAAAGGAUUAUACCGAGGAUUGAUACCAAACUUCUGCAAGGUAGCUCCUGCAGUAUCUAUCUCCUAUUGGGUUUAUGAACGAGCAAGAGUUAAACUAGGAGUUGAGAUGACGUAGAUACCAACAUAGACUCUAGAGCUGUUUAUAUGGAUUUAAGGGACAUUUGACUAAAUUCAGCAUUCAAUUUAUUUUAAAUAGUGAGAUAAUGGAUAUUAUUCACUUUAUUAGGAAUGAUUUUUAAGUUGGAAAUAACGUUAAAUUUGAAGAUGUAUUAAACACAUUUUAAUCAUUAUGUCCCUUGGUCUGUAUCAAAGUUAAAAGUUGCGUAGUCUCAAUUAGGAAAUAUUAUUUUUUUAAUUCUUUUUGGUGUAAUUUAUAUAUUUUCCUAUUACUCAAUGUGAUAUAGUUAAUAUUAAAGUUAUAUUGGCUUCUUGAUGUAAUUACUAAGUUGACUGAAGCAUGCUUAUUGCAUAAACACUGAACACUAACAGGGUGAAAUUAUGAAUUAUACAAUCUUUCUGAGCUAGUGUGCCGCGGUCAGUUUAGUAUCAUCAAGCUGCUGUGUAAUAUUUGCGCCUUUUCCAUUUCUCUUGUACUGUUUGUAAUCAUUAUCAUCCUCUCUCAUAUAAAUUUCCACGUUAUUGCUAUUAUAUUUAAAUUUUACUCAUCUAACCGUCCGUUAAAGAUGAUAAUUUCAAACCAGACCAUUUUCAAUCUUUAUUCGUCGAAGAAAUCUUCCAGUUGGAAUUUUCACGUUUUUAAUUAAGAAAUGGCGCCAAACAUGCAUUCAUUUUGGUUGAAUUUAGAGCUAACCAUUAGAGCCAUCUUUAAAUAAGAAAUGGCUCAAAGGUUCAGCAAUUGAAUAGUUCACGUUUUAGAUCUUAAUAUCUCUGCUUUUAAAUUGUUCUAGCUUUCAAGUUAAUGCUUUAAGCGUGCACCUAGUGCUUUUGUCACUAAGCAUUAAUAAUUGAUGGUGGUUUCUAUGCAACUUUUUGUCAAAACUAAAUUAAUACUUAUCUUGUUAUAUUCUGGUCUAUUUGUUGUGCUAUAAAUCCUCAUUCCUCUGUUACAUUUAUGUACAAUUUUCCAGGCUGUUGUGUACAUAUGUACAUGUAAUAUGUACAUCAACCAUUGUACCAUGGCAUUAUCAUAUUGUCAAAUUAGAUACAAAUUUAUUCGUGAAAGAUAUCACUUCUAAAACUCAAUUAAAAAGAGUCAAGUAUCCCUCUCUUGGUUUUUAUUUUCAUUCUGAACGCUUAUGAAAACUUCAUGAAAGCCUUAUUUUCACUAAUUAAGUAAAAAUUAUAUCCAGUGAUAUUUUUUUUUCACCGCCUAAUCCCACUUUUUGAUGUUAUUUAUUUCCCGCCCUGUUAUUUAUAUUUUUACCCCAUCUUGUUUAUUGUUAUGAAUAUUGGAAUAUUUUUCCUCUUCAGAAA